AUGGAAAAUUCACAAUCUUUGGGUUCGGCAUCACGAAAUGCACCUAAUGGUGGGCCUAAGCCAUUAAGAAACUCCUUACUGUCGUUUACAAAUCAUUUCAACUUGGGUAAACUGACACCAGGAAAGCUUUUGAAUUCUUUCAUGCAAGAUAUGGAAGAUCAAGAAGUUGAGAUAGAACAUUUUAAGUAUAAGCAAGAAUUGGAGAGAAAAUUGACUGUUACAUCGGUAAUCGGUUUAGGUUUCGGAAUAGUGGGGGUGGUGUUUGGUUUAUCCUCUACGAUCUGGAUUUCACUUAUUGAUGGAGCCAAUGUUACAAUUCUUUACGGAUGGGUAAUCACAGCAUUUUUCUCUACUUGUGUUGUUCUAAGCCUAAGUGAAAUCGUGUCAAAGUACCCGACUUCCGGAGGCGUUUACCAUUUUAGUGCCCUAUUAAGUAAUGAAAAAUAUUCGUCUGUUUGUUCUUGGUUUACUGGAUGGUUCCUCAUUAUUGGAAAUUGGACAUACGCUGUUAGUAUAAUUUUCGCUGGGUCUCAAUUUAUUUUAUCUAUUUUUGGUUUGAAAGAUGCUUAUUAUAAGGAAGAUGCAUUUCUCGUAUUAGCAGUUUAUUUUACGUUGUUAACCUUCUGUGGUUUCGUCAAUUUUAAAUUCGCUAAAUAUUUAGAAAAGAUUAACAAAGUUUGUAUUAUAUGGUCUAUUUCAACUGUCUUAACUAUUGAUUUUCUUCUAAUAUUUUUGCAAAAAAACCAAUUCAAUAGAAGAAAUAUUAACGAGAUUUGA